AUGGCGUCUCGUGAGGCAACUCCCACAGGACAGCACACUCGUCGCCUAGAUGUGUUCGCCGGAAUAGAUUUUGGCACUACGUAUUCCAAGGCAGCCUUUGUGAUCCCUGGUUACAACAACCAAGCCAACCCGAUCGACUGUGUUGUCCAUUUCCUGAAGGCUUUCAGCUUUCGGGGAUUUCAACUCCCUACAAAGUGCCCUGCUGGUUCUAAUAAUAGCUUGAGAUAUGAUGGCUCGUGGUUAGAAUGGUUCAAAUUGUCACUUCUACAUAGGGACGACUUGCCCCAUGAUCUCCAACUGUCGAAGAAAUUUGACAUUUUCACCAAGGAACGCGAGAGAUUGGACAUGAGUGCCGUCGAUGCCACCUCAAAGUUCUUGAGAGUUAUCUGGGAACAUACUCACAAGGAUAUCUGUGCUCGUGCCAAACAUAUUGACAGGUUUGCGCAGUGUUAUAUUACACUUACCAUGACUGUUCCAGUUAUCUGGCCGGCAGACGCCCGAAAGAGGCUCUAUCAGGCCAUUCAGUCUGCCGAUAUUCUUGGUCCAAACGUUCGUCUUGCGCGGAAAUUUGUCACAGAGGCAGAAGCCGCUGGCAUCGCUCUGAUGUCGCUUGAUUCAGUCUCCUCCGGCAACCCCGAGGACUCGGGAUUCCAGGUCGGAGACACAGUUAUCAUCUGCGACUGCGGUGGAGCAACUACAGACCUGAUCUCCUACCAAGUGACAUCUCUCCAGCCAUUCGCCGUGAGGGAGAUUACCCCUGGCAAAUGUAUCUUUGCUGGGGGGGCUCUUUUAGACGACGCGUUCCAGGACCUGGUCAAGCGUAAGGUUGAGAGAGUGUGUCCGAGGCCAACAUUCGAAGCCCUGACAGAGAAGGACUUCGAUAUGCUUGUAGAAAAUAUCUGGCCUACAGGUUUGAAGGUAUUUCACUCUACCAGCUUUGAAGCCAGGUCCUGCCACCUUCCCGCGAACUUUCUUGGGUCUCGGGCUAGACGGAAUCCCGCGGCGAACCCUGAAAGUGUCUCGAUUACCUUUACCCCCGACGAUAUCGAUAGUGUGUUUGAUCCCAUUGUUGAGAAGAUUGUCAACUUAGUUGACUCGGAAAUGUCACUUGUAAAUCAAGAGACAAGAAUCCCGGCUACACAUCUUAUCUUGGCUGGAGGGUUUGGCCGUAACCAUUAUCUUGUACAAAAGAUAAAAACCAUGGCCUCAAGCUCGUCUCCUUCAACCACUGUCACUUGGUUCGGGGACGAUAGAGGUUGGAAUUCAGUGGCUAAAGGUGCCGUGUUCCAUGGCAUUCAGGCAAAUAGCCAGUCAAAUCAGCCGACUGUGCAGGUUCAUGCUCGAGCCUCCGGAGAGGGCUAUGGCUUAGAGAGUAUCACUGAUAGAUCCAUUCUUUGGCUUGUUAAUCCGGGCGACAAACUCUCUGCUGACGGCCAAAACAGAAGACAUGUUCCUCCACAGGCAGUGUGGCAUGGGAGAGAUGGCCGUUGUUACGUGAACAUGUAUCGCCAAGAGAGGCCAAAUGCAGACACUACAUUUGCAAGCUGCCUGUCCUGGAAUGCCGUUGGUGAGUUCCAGAGCUUGGAGUUCAAUUUUCACUGGGACGGUAUCAAAAUGCACUAUAUGCUGCUGUAUCAGGGGAACCAGCAAGUUCCCUUGACUUCCGAGAGCCACUAUGAUCUUUGA